AACAGAGUUGAAAGAUUGUACAUUUCGUGGUUUAUGCUGUCAGCCUGCAAUGAUACAAAAGAAAAGUCUGUGUGUAUUAUACACGACAGAUAUAUUUUCCAGAAUUAAAUUACCUAUAAUCAAUUUAUAACGGUGCAUUUAAUACACGAGUGCGUAUUAUACACAAAUAAAUAUGUCUUGUGUACAUUGAUCAAUCGGAAGGGGUGCCAAUUGGGAUUGUUCACUAGCCAUUAUAUUAGCAAAUAUCGCCGUGGGUGCUUAUUACGUUGAAUACGGUACAUCUUUUCUGCAGGUUGUGCCCCAUGUGGAUUCCAAGAAAGUAGCAUCUCCCGUACCCAAUGCUUGUUGUAAGAUUGGGUGGUUACAACGUGUACAGUGUUUGACCUGGCUGAUUGUGUCAUCAGACCUGUGAAGUUCCAUGGUAGAAGAGGUGUUCAGCAACUCAUGCUUGCCGUAAAAGCAUCCAAGCCUUUUGUUCCAUAUGAUGCAUCAGUGUCAAGCUUUACAUCCAGACUAAAACUGAAGAAGAAUGACACCCACUCAACAUCCAAGGUGACCGAAAAGGACCCUUAUGAAGAAAACCUUCCUCUGGUGAAGAGACCCCAGGAUAAUAAAAUGGACGUUGGCAUGCAGGCUAAUGAUUGUUUUCUGGACAUGUACCCAUGUGACAGUCGUGACCUGAGUCUUUCAUCUGUGGUGUUGUCAAGGAUACAUCUGAAGAAAAAACAUGAAGUAAAAAACGUGACUUCUAGAUUUAGUGCAGACAAUGAGACCCGUAGCAUCCAAGAUGUUACAGAGAAAACUGAAAGCCAGGAACAGAGUAAUAGUGAUGCUACUUCAAAGGAUACAGAAUGUGAGGGAGCAUCUCUAGUAACCAUGGUAACUAGCAAUCCCCAGAAACACAAGAAGAGUUAUAGCGAGACUGCUUCAAUUGAUAAAGAGUGUGAGGGAGCAUCUAUAGUAACCAUGGCAACUAGCAAGCCCCAGAAACACAAGAAGAAGAGAAAAAGUGAUACUACUUCAAAGGAUACAGAGUGUGAGGGAGCAUCUAUAGUAACCGUGGUAACUAGUAAUCCCCAGAAACGCAAGAAGAAGAGUAAUAGCACUACUGCUUUGAAGGAUACAGAAUGUGAGGGAGCAUCUAUAGUAACCAUGGCAACUAGCAAGCCCCAGAAACACAAGAAGAAGAGUAAUGGUAAUACUACUUCAAAGGAUACAGAGUGUGAGGGAGCAUCUAUAGUAACCAUGGCAACUAGCAAGCCCCAGAAACACAAUAAGAAGAGAAAAAGUGAUACUGCUUCAAAGGAUACAGAAUGUGAGGGAGCAUCUAUAGUAACCAUGGCAACUAGCAAGCCCCAGAAACACAAUAAGAAGAGAAAAAGUGAUACUGCUUCAAAGGAUACAGAAUGUGAGGGAGCAUCUAUAGUAACCAUGGUAACUAGUAAUCCCCAGAAACACAAGAAGAAGAGUAAUAGCACUACUGCUUUGAAGGAUACAGAAUGUGAGGGAGCAUUUAUAGUAACCAUGGCAACUUGCAAGCCCCAGAAACACAAGAAGAAGAGAAAAAGUGAUACUGCUUCAAAGGAUACAGAAUGUGAGGGAGUAUCUGUAGGAACUGGCAAUGCCCAGAAACGCAAGAAGAAGACCCGGUCUCAUGAGUGUAAACAGUGUGGGAAAACCUUCACGCGAUCAAAUACUCUGCUUGCCCACACAAGGUCUCACAGUGGAAUCAAACCUUACCAAUGUGGUGAAUGUGGAAGAUCAUUCACAGCAUCGGGCACCCUGGAGAGACACUUCAGAUGUCAUAGGGGCCUCAAGCCUCAUCUCUGCAGUGUGUGUGGGAAAACAUUCGCCCAGUCAAUGGCGCUCACGAUACACAUGAGGUGUCAUAGUGGUGACAAGCCUUUUGUGUGUUGUGUGUGUGAGAGAGCAUUUGCACAAUCAUGUGACCUGCAGACACACAUGACAUGUCACAGUGGAACCAAACCUUAUAAGUGUAAGGACUGUGGCAAACGAUAUACACAAUCAGGUAGUUUGCUGAGACACGUGAAGCGUCACAGAGGCAUCAAGCCCCAUAAGUGUAGUGUGUGUGAGAGAGCAUUUUUGCGAUCAGCUUACCUUCGCAGACACAUGAAGCUUCUUCACUUUGAUGACUCUUCCUCCUUAUCAACUGGAGGCAGUCGGGUAGCCUAGUGGUUUCGCUCGUCAUGCCGAAGACCUGCGUUCGAUGCCUGACAUGGGGACAAUGUGUGAAGCCCAUUUCUGGUGGCCCCCCACCGUGAUAUUGCUGGAAUAUUGCUAGAAGCGGUGUAAAAUCAAACUCACUCACUCUUUAUCAACUGGAUAAAGUACUUAUUCAUU